AUGGGCUGGGUUCAUAAUGCCUCGCCCGAGGUAGAGGCACUAUCUCAGUACAGAGAGAUCUUGGGCGUCUGCCUGAGUCUGACAUUAUUGAUGGUCAUCACGGUAUGCCUUCGUCUAUGGCUUCGAGCCCAGAGUGGUCGAUUGGGAGCAGCAGACUAUGUCAUGGUAUUUAGCAUGGUGAGUGCAACUCCGACUCCCCUGGAACUUGCUUUGAUCUGUCAAGUAACAAGUGGUGCAUUGCACAAUUUCAGGUAUUCAGCAUUAUCUAUAGCGCCUUGUGUAUCGCCCGUGAAAAGCCGAUACGGGCUUGGUCUUCCAUUGAAACUACGGCCCGCGCUAGACAAGGCAGUAUACACAAAGAUCAAUUACGCGGGACGCCCAUUUUACCAGCUUGGCAUUGCGGGCUUCAAAGCGUCUCUUUGCCUCAGUUACCUGCGCCUCAUCUCAGGGACUUCGAUGAAACUCUACCGGAUACUCAUUUGGACCGUGAUCACGCUCAGUACGCUAGGUCAUUUGGCAGGGGCACUGGUCUUGAUUUUGAACUGUACACCAGUCAGAUCCGCGUGGGAUAUCACGGUACAUGGACACUGUCUUCCCGUCGGUCCAACAUUCUACGGCCUAGCCAUCUUCACGAUCGUCUGUGACGUUGUAAUGGUCUUCCUCCCGAUCCCUUUGCUCCUCCGUCUGAAGAUCAAGCCUGCGCAAAAGGCCGGCGUCGUCUGUCUCUUUCUUCUCGGCUUGUUUACAACGAUCUGUUCGAUCUUGCGGCUUAGUCAAAUUCACCGAGUUGCGUGGGGCGAUGGAAACUCAACCAUGCUGGUUCUGUGGGGAACAAUUGAGUUCAAUAUCGGAAACAUCGUCACCUGCAUCCCUUACCUCACCCCUCUACUUCGCGGAUUCGUUCGAGAUUUCCGGUCCACGAGCAACAAGAAAUACUACAAUAGCCAUGGACGUACUUACGCCAUGGAGACUUGGUCCAAGGACCAGCGCUCUCAGUUGCAAUCUUCGGCAUCGGGCCCCGCCGCCCCUCGACGAUCUCCGAGCGAGGAACUGAUUUUGUCGAGCAAAGAGCCUGUGCAUGGUGGUAUCGAAAUGACGGUGGAAUACUCCGUCUCCCUUGAAAAGGAAAAU